CGGAUGCUGGGGUCGUGAAGCCUGAUGGGAAAGGUAGUUUUGCGAACGACUUAACCUAGAGGUUAGCGAGGUUGGAAGUUCUGAGGCCCGGGGCGCCUGGAGUCGGAGAGAGAUGGAGCUGGAGCAGAGAGAAGGGACCAUGGCAGCCGUGGGCUUUGAAGAGUUCUCAGCGCCGCCAGGCUCAGAGUUGGCGCUGCCUCCUUUGUUCGGUGGUCACAUUCUGGAGAGCGAACUUGAGACAGAAGUGGAGUUUGUGUCUGGGGGUCUGGGUGGCUCCGGGCUCCGGGAGCGAGAUGAAGAGGAAGAGGCAGCCCGGGGCCGGCGGCGGCGCCAGCGGGAACUAAACCGCAGGAAGUACCAGGCGCUAGGUCGGCGCUGCCGGGAGAUCGAGCAGGUGAACGAGCGGGUCCUGAACAGGCUCCAUCAGGUACAGAGGAUAACUCGGAGACUCCAGCAGGAGCGGAGGUUCCUCAUGAGAGUGCUGGACUCCUACGGUGACGAGUACCGCGCCAGCCAGUUCGCCAUCGUGCUGGAGGACGAGGGCAGCCAGGGCACAGACGCCCCCACCCCAGGCAACGCCGAGAACGAGCCUCCAGAGAAAGAGGGGCUGUCGCCGCCUAGAAGGACGCCCGCACCCCCUGAACCUGGCAGCCCGGCCCCUGGCGAGGGGCCCAGCGGGCGGAAGAGGCGGCGAGCCCCCCGGGACGGCCGCCGAGUGGGAGCUGCGCUGACUCCGGAACUGGCCCCGGUACAGAUUAAGGUCGAGGAAGACUUCGGCCUUGAAGCGGAUGAGGCCCUGGACUCCGGCUGGGUUUCUCGGGGGCCAGACAAGCUGCUGCCCUACCCCACCCUAGCCAGCCCCGCCUUUGACUGACCCCCCUCCCCCCAGUAAACCAACGCCUACACUUGC